AUGCUGGCCCGGGGCUGCACCCGCUGCGUCGCGCAGGCGCGCGGGCCAGCCUCCAUCCGCCUGAGGACGAGCCUCGCCCGCGCCUCGCCCGCCCGGCGGUUCUCGACAUCGUCGGCCCACGGCGGCGACGCGGCGGCGGGGUCUGCGUCGAGCUCGGGAAGCGCCGUCGGGGCGCUGGCGCCCUUCGUCAGCGAGCUGGACCGCAUGGCGCCGAGCUUCGACGUGCGAGGCGGCGACAUUCGCAUCCUGCGGACGCCGACCGACUUUUACGAGACGCUCAAGGACCGCAUCCGCAACGCCAAGCACCGCAUCUUCCUCUCGACGCUGUACAUUGGCAAGUCGGAGCGCGAGCUCAUCGACACGCUGCGCGACGCGCUCGCCCGCAACCCGGACCUCAAGCUCAGCAUCCUGACGGACGCGCUGCGCGGCACGCGCGAGAGCCCGGACCCGUCGUGCGCGUCGCUGCUGGCGCCCCUCGUCGCCGAGUUUGGCCCCCGCGUCGAGGUGCGCAUGUACCACACGCCGAACCUGACGGGCGCACGCAAGCGCUACAUUCCGCGCCGCAUAAACGAGGGCUGGGGGCUGCAGCACAUGAAGCUGUACGGCGUCGACGACGAGAUUAUCCUCUCGGGUGCCAACCUGUCGACCGACUACUUCACCAACCGCCAGGACCGCUACCACCUCUUCUCCUCCAAGCAGGUGACCGACUACUUCUGGAACAUCCACAGCGGCGUCGCGUCGUUUAGCUUCCUCGUCGAGCCGUCGGACGAGCCCGCCGGCUUCGCGCUCACCUGGCCGCGCAGCAACUCGGCGCCCUCGCCGCUGCAGCACCCCAAGGCCUUUGUCAAGAGCACGACGGCGACGCUGGAGCGCCUGAUAUCCCCGUCCGCCGCCGCCGCAUCACACAAGCUGGCGGCGGGGCCCGGUGACGCUGAGCUGGCCGACACGCGCGUGUACAUGCUCGCGCAAAUGUCGCAGGUGAUGCGCCCCGACACGUCGACGGAGCUGCCCGUGCUCACGCGCAUCCUCGAGCGCCUCGCCCAGCCGGCGUACGCGGGCUCGCGCUGGACCUUCACGGCCGGCUACUUCAACCCGGCGCCGUCGCUCAGCAAGCUGCUCCUUGAGACGGCCUCGUCGCGCAACGUGGUCAUCACGGCCGCGCCCGAGGCCAACGGCUUCUACCGCAGCAAGGGCGUCUCGGGCCUGCUGCCCGACGCCUACGUGCUGCUCGCGCGGCGCUUCGUCCACGCCGCGCACCGCGCCGGCCGCGACCCCCCGGACGUCUCCCUCAAGGAGUGGCGCCGCGGCACGGCCGGCCACCCCGGCGGGUGGACGUACCACGCAAAGGGCCUCUGGGUCACCAUGCCCGGCGAGGACGACCCCGCCGUCGCCCUCGUCGGCAGCUCCAACUACACGCGCCGCAGCUACUCGCUCGACCUCGAGGUCGGCGCCCUCGUGGUGACGCGCGACGCCGACCUGCGCCGCCGCCUCGGCGAGGAGGAGCGCUGGCUGCAGGAGCACGCGCGCACCGUCACGCGCGACGACUUUGCCCGCAACGACCGCCGCGUCGGGCUCAAGGUGCGCAUCGCCAUGUGGAUCGUGCAGCUGGUGGGCGGUGCGCUGUAA